UCUCCAAUAUACAUGUUGACUCUAUGUUGCUCCAUGAAUAAGUCUACUCUGUGGUGAUAAUUUGUUUAUGUUUCAAAUAUAUUGUCCAACAGCGAACUUCAUAGUACACAAUAUAUAAGCUUGAAAUGUUACGGUGUCUGUAACUCCGUAAAAAUAUUAAAAGUAUGUAGUUUUUUUCAUUUCAGUUUUGUGACUAAAUCAAUAUUGUACUUUUAACUUAAGCUUUAGAUUAUAUAAGUAUACAUUCCGAAAAUGUGCAUUUUGAAGAGUCCCGUGUUUCAAGUAUUUUUCUUUAUAAAUUACAUCUACUGCGAAGAAUUUAAUCUAUAUGGAGAGGCAGGACAGGCUUAUGCAUUAGUUAUUAACAUAGGACAUCCUCCUCAGAAGCUCCAUGUUUUAGUUGAUACAGGAAGCGCUACAUUAGCAAUUGCUGCAUAUGCAAGAAAAGACAGUAACAUAUAUUUUCACAAAGAAAAUUCAACUAGCUUAUAUAAUAGCGGUAAAGAGGUACAAGCAAAGUAUUCGCAAGGAACAUGGUCUGGAACACUCGCUUCAGACUUCAUACACUUCCCCUCAUUGCCAACAGUACCAGAAGUGAGAAGUGAUUUGGCUCUCAUCACAAAAAGUUAUAAAUUUUUUAUGAACGGAUCGGGGUGGCAGGGUCUGCUGGGUCUGGCGUAUCUGCCGGUGGCGGCGUGGGGCGACAGCGUGGUGGUGGGCUCGUGGCUGGACUUCGUCGAGAAGGUGAACGCGAGGCCUCUGUCCUUCGAGCUGAAGCUUUGCGGCUCGACGAGUCCGGUCAACGCCACUCACUAUGGAAACUUGAGAAUGUUCGACGACCGAAACGCGUCCGAGGCCGGCGAAUACAUGUUCCGAACCCCGAUAUUGAGGAAGCGUUGGUACGAGAUCGGCGUCCUGGCGAUCCGGGUCUCGAACUCGGGCGCAGACAGAGAGCGGGCCGCGAACGGAACGAGGGAUCGGAACGACAUCGACCUCGAGGAGUGUCGCCUGAUAAAUGCCGAGAAGAGCAUCGUCGACAGCGGCACCACCGGCAUCCGGAUGCCCGACGCCGUGUUCCGGCGGGUUGUGGGCGAGCUGAGGAGUUCGGCCCGGACGUCGAGCACGCUCGUCUUGGACGAGUUCUGGUACCACGGGGAGGCCGCCUGCUGGCCCGAGCCCCAAGAGUGGAACCUGCCCUCCCUGGCCGUCGACAUCCUCAGCUCGGAGGCCGACGACCGGUACUUCACUCUGGAGAUCCCGGCUCAGAGCUUCAUGCGCGUGAUCAGCGCUCGCAACAAGUCUGCGUCGAGCGGCUCCGUGUCGGAGUUCUGCUACAAGUUGGGGCUGGAGGCCGCUCCGGGAACUGUGCUCGGCUACACGGCCAUGGAGGGCCUGCAGGUUCUCUUCAACAGGUCCGGCGGCUGGAUCGGCUGGAGAGAGUCGUCCUGCGGGCCCGCGGCCCGGACGUCCGGUCCGUCGAACGCGUCCGGGUCCCUGCUCAGCGCCUGCGGCCUCGACCGCUCUCUGCCGGACGUCAACGUCUCGAUAAAGGCCGCGCAGUGGACCCUCUGCGCCAUCUCCGUCGUGGCGGUCGCGGUGCUCGUCUAUCUCUUGGCUCCCUGCCUCAAGAUGUUGCCGGUUCGACGCUCGCCCCGGUGUCAGCAGAUCUCUCUGUCCCAAGCGGCCUUGGUCGAACGGGACGCGUAGAACUUCGCCAGAAUUGUCCGUGGCCCACCACCACCGUGGUCACCAUCCUUUUGGAUAAUAAAUAUAAAUGAUGCGGUGUUUUACGAUUAAAACGGAACAAUUGAUUAAGCAAAGAAUAUAUUUUACGAAUUCAUUAAAAUGUAACCGCUAAAUCUUUACAUUUCAAUUAUAUUCAAAUAUCAAACUCUGAAUUACGUGUGUGUGUGUGUCAUGAAUAUACUUAACUCAAUUUUACUUAUCUAAACGCAUCUAUGACCAAAUUGAUCAAUUAGAUUUAAUUUAACGAAAUUGUAAUAUUUUUGAAGGACUUAGGACUUCGGUUUCAGAUUAUGAAAAAUAUUGUAGAUCGACUCCGUCUAGUGUUUUUGUGUGUUUAAAGGUUAUUGUGUGAUAACAGUUUUGUGAUAAUUUUAUGUAAUUUUAAGAUUUUUAUUUUUAUUAGAAGUAACACCUUUCAGUAUUUCAAAUAAUUGUAGCUCUUUCAUCGACCCCCGCAACGUAUCCACGAGAGAAAGAACAAAAGUAGUUAGAGCGAAUGCGAGUUUAACACAGCUUGGGGCAUUGGCCCGGGGCCAGGGGUUUAUUUCUUAUACCAUUCGAAUGGCCAAGACAAUGUACUUACCCAAUGAUGAGCAGAAUAGUAAUUCGUGAGCAGCUGUUGAGGCCCUCGACGUGUAAGUCUUCAUCGAGCGAAUUAGUCAUUACCUUUUUGUAGAAGACUCGGGGACUCACCCGUUGUUGUAUGAUACCGCGGCCCGUGUACAUUUACGACGCGCGAAGGCACGCCGGUGCGUUGCCGGCCUUUUGUGACUCUUAUCUGUUUUACACGCAAACAGCUGAAUGGAAAUCUAUUUAAGUCCUUCCGAUGUCGGUGAGAACUCAAAAAAAUAAAUCCCGUUGAAUACGAUGAAAUCGAUGCAGGUGAAAAAUGUAUCAAUUAUAAACAAAACGUAAAAAUAUUCGUUAAUAAAUAAAGUUUUUGAGUAC